AUGGCUUCUAGCAACAACGAUACCGAGGGCCACCUCAAGCUUGACGGCAACUUAUUCAAGAAUGGCACAUUAAACAGGCCGGAAUCUCAGUUCCGCAACUGGGUUUCCAACAAGUCUGAUGCUGAAUUUCCUGCCGAGGCAAACCGGUACCAUCUCUACAUCAGCUAUGCUUGUCCAUGGGCACACCGCACGCUCAUCGUACGCAAAUUGAAAGGCUUGGAGGAGAUCAUCCCGUUCACCUCUGUGCACUGGGACCUGAAAGAACGUGGCUGGCCAUUCGCGAAAGCAGAAACGGAGGAUGCCAGUCUCAACGUCGUCCCUGACCCCUACCACAAGGACGCCAGACACAUUCGCGAUGUAUAUCUCGAGCAGGCCCCCAACUACCCUGGCAGAUUCACCGUGCCGGUCCUGUUCGACAAGAAGCAGAGGAAGAUCGUAAGCAACGAGAGCAGCGAGAUCAUCCGCAUGUUCUACAAGUCCUUCGACCACCUCCUGGCCCCGCAGUAUCAGAAGAUCGACCUCCUCCCAUCCACCCUCGAAGCCGAAAUCGACGCCACCAACGACUGGACCUACAACGACAUCAACAACGGCGUCUACAAGACCGGCAUGGCCAUCACCCAAGAAGCGUACGAAACCGCCGUCACACAUCUCUUCUCAUCCCUCGACCGCGUCGAAGCCCACCUGUCCUCCGCCUCCCACACCGGUCCCUUCUACCACGGCGCGCACAUUACCGAGGCCGACGUCCGCCUGUACCCCACUAUCAUCCGCUUCGACGCCGUGUACGUGCAGCACUUCAAGUGCAACAUCCGCGACAUCCGCUCCGGCUACCCAGCCAUCCACCGCUGGUUGCGCAACGUCUACUGGGACGUAUCGGCUUUCCGCGACACGACGAAUUUCGAGCAUAUCAAGCGGCACUACACCAUGAGCCAUCGCAUGAUCAACCCGCACGGCAUCACGCCGGUGGGGCCGCUGCCGCACAUUCUGGGGAAGGAGAACGAGGUGCCUGCCGCCGCCGCCGCCGCUGGAUCGCGGUUGUGA